AUGGAAUCGGGUAAGGAACAGAGCCCAUCGAGCUUGGCGGGGGUUAAGCCUCUUGGCUUCCUUACUUCCACGUUUGUCACUUUUGAGCGGUGCAUGCAGAGGUGGAUUUGGUUUCAAGUAGAAUCUCCGACCAACGCUAUAAAGAUAGCAGGACUGGACCUGUUCAAUCUCACUCUCAGCUACAGACACGGUGCAGAAAUUGUUGUAUGGUAUCACUUGACUGUCAGGAAGAAACCAGCUGAGAACUGCAAAUGUUAUCUUGCCUUUGAGAACUGCAUCCACAAGAACUACAUCACUGAGAAGUAAUGGACCGUCCCUGUGGUGUUGGGUCCUCCGAGAAGAAACUAUGAAAAAUGUGCUCACGCCGAGUCCUUCAUUCAUGUCAAUGACUUCCCAGAUGCAGAGUCACUAGCCUGA